CACAGCCUGGGGGUCGGUCUUGGCUCCUGGGCGGGAGAGACGCUCCACCCCCCACACUCGGCCGCACUCAGCUGGCAUGGCUCCCCUUCUCCCACUCCUGCUGUCUGACCUGCACCCCCUUUCAUCAGUCAGUACCAAUAAAAAAGCCAGGAGGGCAGAGUUUCUGAAGCGCCACAGUGUGCUUUGCACUUUGGCGACAGGGCCCUUGUCCCGUGGAAUUUUCUCAGUAACCCUUGGAAGUGGGUGCUGGCCCCUAUGCCUCUUUUACAGAUGAACGAACUGAGGCUCAGCGGGAUUAAAGAACUCCCAAGGGCACUGAGCUGGGUUUAAGAUCAAGUCUCUGAAUGCCGUGGGGAAAAAAUAACACUGCAUUGAGAUUCAGCGUGCAAUUAGGACGCGCACAGGGCAGCUUGGUGGGGGUUUGACACCCUGGAGGUGAUAGGCAGGCCAACAGAGAUGAAAACGGGGUGUCUGUGUACCACCUGGGCCCGUGCCAGCGGAUGCUGAGAAGAGAGAAGGAAGACAGAUACUAUCUGGCUGUAGGGAACGGUUCUCAAGGGCAGAUGCAACCCCACAGGAUCAGGGAAGGACAAGCCAGGUGGAGAGAGGUGUGUGCAGAGGCUCCAAAGAGCCCCUGCCCCAUUCUCAGUCCAGGGAGCCCCCCAAAGCUUCCUCUGCCUGCCCCCCCACCCCGUGCCCCCUGAAGCCUCAUCAGCCAUCCCAAAUCUGCCUCCCAUACCUCCUUCCCCUGCCUCAACAACCCCCUGCCCUCUCUGCCCCCCCCCCCACUAACUCCCCCUGUCAUGUAUUCCUCCCAGCCUCCCCAUCACCACCACCCCCACCUGACCUUUGCCUUCUAGAACUCCUGGAAGUUUCCAACUGGAGGUUUUAAUUUGAAAACUCCUCCUGUUCUUAAGCAGUUGGUGGGGUGGCAGCUGCAGCCGCUCCCUCUGAGUCAGGGUCUCUCUCAGGAUGGAGGCCCCAGGUCCAACCCCUCAGUCCCGAAUUUUGGGCCACUCCUCCAUGUUCCUUUUUUUCCGUAGUCUGGUGGGGAGCAGGGGCAGCCCCAAGAGCUCGGACAAGGCCCUGAUGUGGAGUAGGCCAUGCCCCUCCCAGGAGCAAAGCACCACCCCUCUGAUGAGGAACCGCCAGGGAGGAGCAGGGAGGAAGGAGCCAAGGCAGCCAGCCACACUGCCCUACAUGCUCUCUGUGGCCUUGCCACAGCAUGAUCCCUUGGGGCUAGGGAUGGGGGACACAGGGGCCCAGAACCCCACUCCAAAGGAGGUCCUGAGGGUGGCAGCCCAGGGUGGAGAGGUGAAGCCCAUCCUGUCCAGGGGAAGCCAGGAGGUGCUGGGCAACGUGUCCAAGAAGGAGAAAAGAGAAGAGAAGGAGGCAGUAGGGGAGGCCUCCGGGGAUACAAGGACCUCAGACAGGGGCCACUUUGCCCAAGCCUUGGAGGUGAAACAAGGAUGUCCACAGAGGGCCAUGGGGCCACCGGAGGUCAGCCCCAAGACCUUCACCAGGGAGGAGGAGAAGGAGUGUCUGCUGGACGGAGACUUCAGGCUGGCCUCCUUGAAGGUGGGGGCAACUCCUUGGAACCGCCUCCUCACCUUGUACAAGCAGCUUCAGAAAUCAGCCAUGGCCAAGUUUCCUCUCAAGGAAGGCUUGCCUGAUGAGAAAAACAAGGAAAAGGAAAUGGAGGUAGAGGACAGGUCAUUCAAGCUCUGUGUCCCAGGCAUUGUCACCCUGCAGUCACCGCUGCAUAAGACUUUCAGGUCAACAGACACAGUGGGUUUCGUGGAGUCGGAGUUAAAGAAGCUUCUGGCAGUGCAGCGGGACUCCCGCCUCUGGAAGGUGGGCAGCCAUGAUGGCCAGGAGCUGCUGACCAAGCCAGAGAUCACCCUGGAGCAGGCGGGCAUUGUGGACGGUCAGAGAUACCAGGCUGAGGGGGAAAGAAGCCGCCCCCCAGCCUUUGGGGAAUGCUGGGGACCUAGGGGAGGGGCGCUGAGGCAGCGGAAGCAACACCCUAGGCUGGAGGGAAGGGUGCAGAGCCCCCCUGGUGUGGUGUCCAGGACAGAGCACUUGCUCCUGGAGGAGAUGGACGAGCUGGGGAACUGGCCCCCCGAGUGAAGCUGCUGCCGCCCCGAGUCUGCCCUGCUCACGGAUCCCCGCAGUCCGAAGCGGGAGUUAGCCUCCCACUCUGUGGAGGCACAUCCGAGGUGCCCCCAGGGCCAAGGGAUCUUGAGAUCACUGGUAUCCAUGUGUCCGCAGGGUGGGCCUGCCCAGCAGAAUGUCCCCACCCACCAGACUCAGGCCUGGGUUAUUAAUAAUAAAACCCACUUUGACUUUGGCCUCCUUGGCUGUUUCUGGACC